CUAGCUGCAGGUGCUUGGUCUGGAGAAAUUGGUAAUUUGGUUGGCAUUGGGCAAGGCAGCGGAAUCAUGGGAACACCCAUACCCAUUGAACCCCGAAAGCGUUACGUUUAUUGCAUUAAAGCUCCUGAUGGUCCUGGGUUAGAUUGCCCCUUGGUAAUCAAUCCUGACCACUCGUACUUCCGACGAGAAGGUUUAGGUGGCUUGUACCUCUGUGGUCAGUCACCUAAAGAGGCUGAAGAACCACCCAUAGAUGAUUUGGAAGUGGAUGAGGAUUAUUUUCAGAAUUGUGUCUGGCCAGCAAUUGCUCAGCGAGUUCCAGCAUUUGAAAAUGCAAAGGUAGGUAUUCAUAUAGAAUAACAAUAUAUUUUCUUA